GCGAACAUAGCUGUCUGUGGAAGCUACUGGGUUUAAAUCGGCAGCACAUUUGUUUUAAUCCUCCUCGGUGCUGUUGAUGUGCAUGUUUUAAUGAUACACGGGGCAUUGCGAGGACUAGUGGAUACGUUUUAAGUGGACCGCUGCUGAAAACUUGAGGGAUUUUUGGAGAGUGCAGGGCAGAUGGAGGAUCCUCCUGCAGAUUCUGGCGGUGGUGGCGGCGGUGCAGCAGCGGAGGGCCCCGCGAUGCAGGUGGCGGAGAUCUGCUGGCCGACCGCGGCUCUCCCUCUACGGCUUCUCGAGUGGAAAGUCAAACCCGGGUCUCUUGUUAACGUGGACUCCGUGCUAGCACUGUGUGCACCCAUAACUCAGGAGAAGGGGGCAGAGGCUGCCAGGCUGCCAGAGAAGAAGGUGAAAUCGGACCGUGCUGGAGUAGUCAAGGAGCUAUGCUGUCAACUUGGACAAGUCAUACCUCCCGGAGGUGUUGUCGUCAGAAUAGAAGAAUGCAGCCAUCCAAUUGUAAUGAAGGGUUUAUGUGCUGAAUGUGGCCAGGAUCUGACACAACUGCAGAGCACGAAUGGGAACCAGCAAACUCCCAUCUCCACAGCAACCGUCUCCAUGGUGCACAGUGUCCCUGAGCUGAUGGUCAGCUCAGAGCAAGCAGAGCAGCUGGGAAGAGAAGACCAGCAGAGGCUCCACCGGAACAAAAAGCUGGUCCUGAUGGUGGAUCUGGACCAGACACUGAUCCACACCACUGAACAGCACUGCCAGCGUAUGUCCAAUAAGGGCAUUUUCCACUUCCAGCUCGGGCGAGGAGAGCCUAUGCUCCACACACGACUACGCCCACACUGCAAGGAAUUCCUGGAGAAAAUUGCCAAGCUCUAUGAGUUACAUGUCUUCACAUUUGGGAGCCGCCUAUAUGCACACACCAUUGCUGGCUUUCUGGAUCCUGAAAAGAAGCUUUUCUCUCAUCGGAUCCUUUCUAGAGACGAAUGCAUUGACCCUUUCUCCAAGACUGGCAAUCUUAGGAAUCUUUUCCCCUGCGGUGACUCGAUGGUCUGCAUAAUCGAUGACCGAGAGGACGUGUGGAAGUUUGCACCCAACCUCAUCACUGUGAAGAAAUACACCUACUUCCAGGGCACAGGGGACAUCAACGCCCCCCCUGGAUCACGGGAAGCUCAGAUAGCAAAGAAAGGUGGCUCAUCAAGUCGAUCUGCAGAGAGCACAGAGUCAGUCGGGACACUUGGUGUCGAUGAGCAAAAUAAUGGCCCCAGGAAAAGAACGAAAGACCUCAACAUUUCUGGAAAGGAAGAGUCCACAGCACCUCAGGCUUCUCAGGGAGUACCAACAAACAAACGGACACAUCCCACAGGGCUCGUGGAGGAUGAAUCGGGACAAAGUAAAGAGUCAGAGACCGGGGCGGAGUCUGGGGCGGGGUCAAAGGAAACUCAGGUGGGCGACAGAACAAAUGUUAAGGAAGAUGACAGCAACAGCACAGUGGCGACACGCGAGGCACAAGACAGUGCAAACUCGUCAGCACCAAGCCAUGAAUGCAAUAACUUGGACUUUGACCUUUCCAGUGACAGUGACAAUGACUCCAUCACAGAAAAGCCUCCCUCAUCAGAGAGUGACAGUGAAGGCAAGUCUUGCCAGGCAAAGAAAUCUGCACAGGAGGGUGUCAGGCAAGAGCCUGGCGAUGAGGAUGGGGCAAGGGAAGGGGACAGUAAAGGUCGAAGUGACGGAGAAACCAGCACUGAUGCAGCAGAACCUUCAGGAGUUCUUCUCCCAGACCCCGAGCUGGGUAACGGCUGCUCAGAUAGGAGAGAGCCAGAAACAGAGUCCCAGAAUAGUGAACAAUCUGGGGUCACCAUGGGAGAGGAACUGCUGGACCAGAGUAUGGAGGAUGAGGAGGAAGAGGAAGAAGAAGCUGAUAAUGACCAGGAUGAUCACCUGAUCUACCUGGAGGAAGUGCUGGAAAGGAUCCACGCCGAGUACUACGCACGCUACGAGGUUUACCUGAAGAAGGGGGCCUCUGAAAUGCCGGACAUUCGCAAGAUUGUCCCGGAGCUGAAAAGCAAGACACUGGAGGGCACGACGAUAGUGUUCAGUGGCCUGUACCCGACCAACUACCCCAUGGAGAGGACUCGCGAGUCCUACCAUGCCAAAGCACUGGGGGCCAAGAUUGGCAAGAGUCUGCUUCUCAGCUUUCAAGAUCCCAGUCGGACAACACAUCUAAUCGCAGCAAGAGCAGGCACCGAGAAGGUUCGUCAGGCACAAGGCUGUAAGCACCUCCAUGUUGUCAACCCCGACUGGCUGUGGAGCUGUCUGGAGCGCUGGGAGAGGGUGGAGGAGCAGCUGUACCCGCUGAAGGAGGACUACUCCAAGACGCCGAGGAGCAACAGUCCAGCAGCAUUCCUUGACAAUCUGGGUUCCCUGCAGAAGCCUGCUUUCCACCCAGCUGCCAUCCACCACAGACCUCCACCUCCAGCCCCUGAGGUUCGGACCUACGACCCCGUCACGGGCAAGCUGAUCCGCAGGGGCCCUCAGGUGUCACGGCCACCACCCUACCUGCAGGCGUCAGGCUCUUUGUUGCUCUCUGACCAGAGAGAGGAGUCUUGUCUCAGGGGAACUUCAAAGAGUCAGCAAGAUGACGCGUCAGGGUCCAGCCAAGACGACGAGCAGCCGGGGCCGUCUCGACGGAAGCGGCAGCCGAGCAUGUCAGAGACUAUGCCUCUGUACACGCUUUGCAAGGAGGAUCUAGAGAGCAUGGACAGAGAGGUCGACGACAUUUUAGGUGAGGAGAGUGACAAUGAAAGUGAAGGCAGAGGGAAGGAGAAGCCAGGUAAUGAGGAGGUGGAGGAUGAAGAGGAGGAGGAGGAGCAGCAGCAGCAGCAGCAGCAGUCAGGAGCUGGACAGACAGCAGGAGGAGGGCCUGGUCCUCAGGCGCUGGCUGUGGAGGAGAGGAUCCAGACACCAUCUACUGAAGCCAGUCUGCCGAGUAGUGUGUCAAGGGGCCACAAACGUAAGCUCGACGAAGCCAAGGAAGAGGAGGAGGACGAGAAGAAGGAGGAGGCGGAGGAAUCCGCAGACGAGUCUUCGAAAGACUCCAACGAGGAAGAAGGCGGCAGCAGCUCAGAGGCGGACGAGAUGGCGGCUGCCUUGGAGGCGGAGCUCAAUGACUUUAUGUGACGCGACAAACGAAGGGACUCAGUCGCAGGAAAAGGACAACAAAAAAAAAAAAAAUCAGCCGAGACGCCCCCACAA